AUGGAUCCUUAUGACAGCGACUCGUCGGGGUUUGAAGAUGAGGACCUCACGGAGACCAGUGUGCUUUUGGGAUACGCUUCGGAAGAACUGUUAGAUGAUUCAAUCAGUCACCUUGGAGGCUGGCCAACAUGGCUGGACGAUUCUACCCCGCCGCCAGGCGAGUUCGCCAAUUGCAAAGUUUGCAACAGUCCUAUGGUCCUCCUACUCGAAUUGCACGGUGACCUCCCCGAACACUUCCCGGAUAAUGAGCGACGACUGUAUAUCUUCGGCUGCCCCAGAAAACCCUGCAACCGCAAGCCCGGCAGUAUCAGAGCCUUGCGCGCUACACGGAAGUUGAAGAGCCAGCCAGCGCCCAAGAAGGAGGAAAAGCAAGAGCCAGAAAAGGAGAAAGAAGAGGAAAAGAAGCAGACUGAGGCUCCCAAGCCGGAUCUUGGAGCCAGUCUUUUCGGGGCGACCUCUCUCACUGGGAGCGUUUCUGCGAACCAGAACCCUUUCUCGACCAGUUCGUCCUCCGCACAAGCCAGCAACCCGUUUGCUGCCCCUCUCGCAGCCCCCCAACCGGCCAAACCAGCUGCCCCAUCGAACCCGUCCGGAAAUUCCCUUUCCGAAUCCUUUGCAGACAAAGUUCGAGUUUCCUCCCCGCCCCCGACUAUUAAGACACCCGAGGCCGCCGGCCCCGCUGCACCUUGGCCUCCGCAGUCCGACUUCCCCUCACCGUACAAACGAUACUAUUUAGAUGCGGAGUACGAGACCCUUUCUCGUCCCCCUACCCCGAAAAUUCCCGAUAAUGUUGUCAUCGAUAACACCGAAGACGAUGCUAAUGGUGGUCCGGGCGCGGACCUCAAGGAUGCCCUGGAGUCUGAACUGGACAAAGUCUUCAUGAAAUUUUCGACCCGUCUCGGACAUAACCCUGAGCAGAUUUUGCGAUAUGAAUUCCGUGGCUCUCCCAUUCUCUAUUCGCACACCGAUGCCGUCGGAAAACUUCUUUACGACCCCAAGAACCCUCCCUUGGGCGCUAAGGUGACUACUACUGGAGGUCCGAGCCGCAUGCCACGCUGUGAAUACUGUGGUAGCCAGCGUGUUUUCGAGCUGCAGCUCGUGCCUCACGCCAUCAGCAUGCUGGAGGAUGGCCGUGAGGGGGUUGGACUGGGCCCCAAGGACGAUGGCAUGGAAUGGGGAACCAUCAUUCUUGGUGUCUGCAGCAAGGACUGUGGCCCGGAGAAAAUUGGGGUAGUCGGUUGGCGUGAGGAGUGGGCGGGAGUGCAGUGGGAAGAAUCGAAAUAA